AUGGAAAUUUCAACAAAUACUUCAAAGUUAGACCUAGGAUCGACCAACACCGAUUCCAGAGCCAUACCGAGUCAAUCAGAGAAAGAGGAAUCCUUUGGAAGAUGGGAUAAUUUCGUUGAUUCUUUUAGACAAUAUCAACCUGCAAGUUAUGAUGGAUAUGAAGAAUUAACGGAUUUAGAAAAAUCCGCUAUCAAAACUGCCAACUCCCCAUUGCAAAGGAAGUUGAAUUCAAGAGUUAUGAAUAUGUUAGCAUUAGCAUCAAGUCUUGGUUCAGGAUUGUUGAUUGCCAGUGGUGAAGCUUUGAAUACUGGAGGACCCUUGGCCGUAUUAGUAUGUUGGGCUUUAACCGGAUUAGCAGUUUUUUGUACUGUUCAAGCUUUAGGUGAAAUGGCUGUUACAUUUCCAGUAUCAGGAUCAUUCAACGUUUAUGCAAGUAGAUUUAUUGACCCUUCCAUUGGAUUUGCUGUUGCAUGGAACUAUUUCUUACAAUAUCUUGUUUUAUUGCCUUUAGAGUUAGUUGCCGGUUCCAUGACUAUGCAAUAUUGGAUAACGUCUAUAAAUCCAGAUGUUUGGGUAUUAAUUUUCUACGUAGCUGUUAUUUCAAUUAAUCUUUUUGGAGUUAGAGCGUAUGGAGAAGCAGAAUUCUUAUUCCUGUUAAUCAAAGUUACUGCUAUUUUGAUGUUUAUCAUUGUUUCCAUUGUAAUAGCUGCAGGUGGAGCACCUAAGGGAGAUGCCGUUGGAGGUAAGUAUUGGGUAAACCCCGGACUUCUUGCCAAUGGAUUCAAAGGGUUUGUAAGUGUUUUUAUCACCUCAGCUUUCAGUUAUGCAGGUACUGAAUUAGUUGGUUUAACUGCUGCAGAAUCUGAAAAUCCAAGAGUUUCGUUACCUAAAGCUACCAAACAAGCUUUCUGGAGAAUUUUAUUUUUUUAUAUGGUAUCAUUGACAUUAAUUUGUUUCUUGAUUCCUUAUGAUGACCCUAGACUUUUAGGUAACAGUUCUGUAGAUAUCAAUGCUUCACCUUUUGUUAUUGCCAUAACUAAUGGUGGUAUUAGUGGACUCCCAUCAGUGAUGAACGCUGUUAUUUUAGUAUCAGUUAUUUCAGUUGGAUCUUCCAGUGUCUAUGCUACAUCACGUACCUUGACUGCGUUAGCCGAACAAGGAAUGGCCCCUAAGAUACUUGGUUAUAUUGAUAAAAAGGGAAGACCAAUAAUUGCCAUUAUGAUCACCAAUGUAUUUGGAUUAUUAAGUUUCAUUGCAGCCAGUAAUAAACAAGAAGUAGUUUUCAAUUGGUUGUUAUCCAUCAGUGGUUUGAGUUCAGUGUUCACUUGGUUAUCUAUAUGUGUUGCUCAUAUUAGAUUCAGAAGAGCUUUGUCAUGUCAAGGUAGAGGAACUGAUGAAAUUGCAUUCAAGUCUCAAACAGGUAUCAUAGGUUCAUUCUAUGGUGCAUUAUUGAAUAUCAUUAUAUUAAUGGCAGAAUUUUGGCUUUCUUUAUUCCCAUUAGGAGACAAGCCUAAUGCUCAAGCUUUCUUCCAAAGUUAUUUAGGUUUUGUGGUAUUACUUGCAUGUUAUAUUGGUCAUAAAAUCUGGAAGAAGAAUUGGAUUUUAUUCAUCAGUGCCAAAGACAUGGACAUUGACACUGGGAGAAAGGAAACCGACAUUGAGGCUUUAAAACAAGAAUUAAAGGAAGAAAGAGAAAUCUUCCAAUCAAAACCUUUAUACCAAAGAAUCUACCAUACUUGGUGUUAA